AUGAGUCCAAUGGCCAACAACAGACGGGGAACCUACAUUGAGCGUGACAGCCGCGGACGGGAACGUCUGGUAGUUCGGCGCUCUUCAUCCGGCGAUCGAGGCAACUCAACCCGUGAACUGCUCGCCGAGGCAGAAGAUCGUAUUCAGGCCCUGGAAAUCGAAAUCGGCCGCCUACAGACACGUCUCAGCUUCGAGCAGCGCGAGACGUGGAAUCUACGGAGAGAACACGAGCGUUUAGCCGCCGAACAUCACAAUAGUCGCCAUCUGACUGGCAACCUGGAUACGCAGGUAGGAAAGUUGGAGGAAUUGCUGGAUGCGGAGGAGAAGCGGAGCGAGAGGCUGGAGGAUAAAUUGAGGCUAAUGAAGAGGGGCCUUACGAGGACUGGUGAGGAGAGUCAUACUUACAAGCAGAGGUAUGAGGAGAAAGUUAGCGAGGUGGAGGUGUUGAGGAUUAGGUUGGAGGAGAGGGACGAGUUGAUUCGCUUGCACAAUGGGAGGAUUGUGGAGAAGGAUCGGAGUUUGCAGGAGAAGAAUCGCAGUUUGCAGGAGAAGAAUACCACCAUUGCGUAUCUGAAGGAGUACCUGAGGACGCAUGGCUUUCGUGUUGAGGGCUGA